CAACACACGAGAAAACAACUUUUUUCUUUGCACAUACCCUAUGUGUAUAUAUUCACUAUUUCUAUCACGUCCCAAUCAAUACCAAUACAAGACAAAAGGAUCGAUCUUCAUCCAACCAGUAACUACAGUUGUAAUCGUCAACCAAAUUGAAUAUGGCAUUCCUGUCACCGUUCACUGCAAAUCCAAGAACGAUGACCUAGGAGUCCAUGUCCUUCCGCUUGGACAAGGCUACUCGUUCAAGUUCAGACCCAACCUCGUGGGGACGACAUUGUUUUUCUGCAGCUUCACAUGGACUGGACAACACCAAAUCUACUGGUUCAAUAUCUUUGACGACAAAAGGGAUGCAGGGAAAUGCACCACAUGCAGAUGGAUCAUUCAUGAAUAUAGCAUGUGCUUGCAAGACCCGACAAACCCUGGCAAAGAUAUAUGCUAUAACUACGGAGAUAAGGAGCCAAGCAUUGUGUAAUGAAAUAUUUUGACAUUAUAUCUUUUUCAUGCAGUUGUU